GAACUCCACACUAGAAACCACAACAUCGCGAUAGCAAUGGCAUUAACAAUCUCUCACCUCAAUCUAUUCAUCUUCGAAUCGUAUACCGUUUCGCUACAUGUCCAUAAUCACAGCUAAUGGUGCAGAUCGCAACAGGGUCCUUGCUUGGGAGAAAUGCUCCCCGCUCAAAGACAGGAUGCGGAACUUGCUUGAAGAGGAAACUCAAAUGCGACGAGCAGCGGCCGAAAUGCCGACGCUGUACAUCUCUCGAACUUGACUGUGAAUGGACGGCGCGGACACGGAAACCAAGGACUGUCUCGAAAGCCAAGGGAGACAAAGCGCAGAGGUCCAUUCGGCUGAUAGAGUCGAAGGAAGACAUACCGCAAGAUGAUGCACUAUCGCGAUCGGACUCUGAACCAUCGACGGUUCAGGUCUCUGCGAAUAAUCAGGUCUUGAAUUGGCUACAUGAUGACAAUUCUUCCUCAACUCCGUCAAUGCGAAACUUCGCCCCUUCGAUUUCGCCGAGCCUGAGCGUCGAACAUAUCCCCUGCGCAAACUCUCUCCUCCUCUCACCGCGCGACCGACGAUGCUUCGAGUACUUUCCCAGCUGCACGAUGGUAACGGCAUACCUGAAGCCGUGGCGCUGGUCGAACUUGUCCUACAUCUACCGAUACACUGCUGCCAAUGACGCGAUCGUGAUGCGCAUGAUCCUCGCCACGUCAGGCAGCGAAAUGCACCGCCUGAAGAAGGGCGGCGAUGACUCGGAAGAUAUUGGCCUACAUCACUAUAACGUGGCGGUGCGAGAACUAUCGACUGCUCUUGGCAAGGAGCAUACCGAUGACCCGAAACAGAGACUGGAGCGACUCCUGGCAGCUUUACUGUUCAUGGUCGACUAUGAGGUCAGGUUCGGCUAUUCGCGCCAUCAUCUCCGUCUGCAUCUGGACGGUGCAAGAUCAUUAUAUGCGUCGUAUGAGAAGUCAGUAAUGGACUCGGAGGGAUCCGGAACGGUGGCGACAGUAGACGAUGAAGAGAAUGGGGGAGAUUCGCAUUUGUCACUACUAUCAUCGCUGCUGCUAUUAUGGAUCUCAUAUAUCGACGCCAUCGGCGGCCAAGGCCUCUCAUCUCAAAGUCUCCUCUCCCAAAUAUCCCAGUCCUCUCUCCCCUCCGCCAAACUAGAACGCCUAUACCGCAGAGCACGUAUCUCAGGCCGCCACUGCUGGGGCGAGGAAUACCCGGAAGAUGCGAUCCUGGACGACGUGGAGAACUAUCGCCCACUUGAGUUUCUGCACCAUGGCCUGCUGAUGCGGUCGCGCAUAUGGCAGCUUGCCAUUGCGAGACAUGCGGGUAAGGAUGGUGUGGAGACUCCCGAGAGCUUGUUCGAAGAGCUCAUAGAACUCGGCGAGCGAUACCAAGAUCUCAUCCUCACUUCCCGGCUAUCAGGUGCAGGUCAAUACCGACGCGUCUACGCCACGAUCCGCUCUGCAGCCUGCGUCUAUUGGGCCGAUGUGCUCUUCCACCGUAUAACGCUUCGCAAACAGCAAACUCCUACCAAAAUUCAUCGCACGGCCGUGUCUAGCAUCAUGCAGAUUGCAUAUACGGACUAUAACCGCGAUAAGAGCACACUUGCGAUGAAAGUGUGGGGGAUGUUUAUGGCAGGCAUCGAGACAGAAGAUGGGAUCCAUCGGGACUGGAUUUUGGAGAGACUUACUGAGUUGGGUGGGAUGCAUUUCGAGAGUAAGUGGACAAGUGAUGUGAUGGAGAGGCUUAUUAGGGAGAGAAAGGGGAUGGGAGAAGCAGGGAUAGAUUUGAUGCCACUAUUGACGCUUGAGUGUAGUUAGGGGGGCGUUUGGAUAUCGUUCAGGCGGGUUGGCGUCAUCGGUGUCAAAUUAUGAGGAAACAUGGCUUCGUAGCAAGGGAUGUACGCAGUACGGGGAGCCUGGAAGUUAUAUCCCCAUUUGCGCACAUCAGCAUAGGAAUUCACAAAUUCCAUCAGCGAACAGAACAAUCAACAAUUUCUCGAAAUAGUAUUCCGGCUAUCCUAGCAAAACUCCUAUUAUGCAAGUCUUAGAACUCCACUCAUAUCGAGACACACUACGCAUCGGCCAUCUCCACAUCGGUCUUCUUCUUCUCCAGCUCUGCCUUCUUGGCAAGAUUCUUCUUCGCAUUCUCCUUGCUCUUGUUCACCUUCUUCUUCUCCUCCCUCACCACAGGCUCUGCGUUCUUGGCCGC